UGUGAUCCACCCCCCUGCAAAGAGAGAGAGAGAGAGAGAGAGAGAGAGAGAGAGAGAGAGAGAGAAUCACGUUCAUAAACUGAAAAUGACACUUGCAGGCUUUUCCCUGUCUGCAAUCAUGAGGAGCGGUAGGCGGCCGCAUAGUGUUGCUGCGGCUAGUACUAUCACUAGUAAUAGCGAUUCAUAUGCGGACGACGAGAAGGCCGUUCUACUGGUGAAGAAGCGGCAGCGAUGGCGAUCUACUAUAGGGAAACAGCUGAGUAGUAGGAUUUGCAAGCAGCUCAGCACGUUUCUCAUAAUGGGUACUAUGAUCACCAUGAUGUAUAGCUUGGCCAGUUUGAGGGUUGUCGUGCACGUUCCUCUCCUCACGAUCGUCGUCUCCAAAAAGCUCACCUCCUCCUCCUCCUCCUCCUCCUCCUCCUCCUCCUCCCCCCUUCGCUCCGCCGUCCGGCGCCCUCCCUUCCCGCGCAUACUAAACACCCCUCUCCUUUCUUCUUCCUCUUCUUCUUCGCUAUCCUCAUCGACAUCUUCGACCUCGAAUGCCCCGAUCGCGGCAGGAAGAGCAACCCGGACGGAUCGCGCGGAUUGUAGCGAUGGUGCGGGGAGCGAUUGCGCAAGCGGAAGCGGCAGUGGAACGACUGAUACUCGAGGCGCAAGCGGAGAGAGAGCGGGGGACGGCGGCAAGGGUGGUGGAGAUGUGACCAGCGGUGCCGUUGCUGCAGCUGGCGAGCUGCCCAGCAGAGGUGACAGGGAUCCGCAGAGGCAGACGAUGUCAUUUCCAUCAGUCAUUAUUAAUACCCUUUCUUUGAUGGAGUCUAUACCCUUUUUGAAUCUGGAAGGCGGAGUGUGGAGGCAGGGCUGGGAUCUGAAGUACGCUGGCAAUGAAUGGGAUCAUCGCCCCCUGAGGGUGUUCGUCGUUCCACAUUCACACAAUGACCCGGGAUGGAUUCACACUUUCGAGGAGUACUUCUACGAGAGAACAAAGGGCAUUUUGAACAACAUCAUCAACGCGCUGACGGAGGAUAGGAGAAGGAAAUUCAUCUGGACAGAGACUAGUUUUCUCCAACUUUGGUGGGAAGAGGCUUCCCGUUCGCAGAGGGAGAAGCUGAAGAUGCUUGUCGAAGCAAAACAAAUGGAAAUAACUGGAGGUGGAUGGGUAAUGAAUGAUGAGGCCAGUUGCACAUACUCAGCUAUUAUUGAUCAGAUCAUGGAGGGUCAUCAGUGGGUUUUCCACCACCUUGGUGUUAUUCCCCAAAUAAACUGGGCGAUUGACCCUUUCGGUCACUCAAGCUCCAUGCCUUACCUCUUGCAAGAGUUUGGGUUGGAGGCCAUGGUAGUCCAGAGAGUGCAUUAUGAAGUGAAGAAGGUCCUGGCACAAGGACAGAGUCUUGAGUUCAUUUGGCAGCAGGCUUGGGAUGGUGGGGAUGUCUCCGGCAAGAAGAGGGGCUUGCUAUGCCACAUCAUGCCGUUCUACAUGUACGACGUUCCGCACACUUGUGGGCCCGACCCUGCCAUCUGUUGCCAAUUUGACUUCUGGAGGCUUCCCACGAUGCGGUCAGGGAUAACGUGUCCAUGGCACCGGCAUCCGGAAAAGAUCACCGCAACGAACGUGAUGGCCAGGGCGAUGCUCCUACUCGAUCAGUACAGGAAGAAAUCGACGUUGUUCAAGACCAACACCCUGCUCGUGUCGCUCGGUGACGACUUUCGAUACCUCCAAAAGGACGAGGUCGACGCACAGUUCAUAAACUAUGAGGCGCUUUUCAAGUACAUGAACUCCAGACGUCAGUGGAAGGUGCAGAUUCAGUGGGGGACCCUAAGUGACUACUUCCAGGCUAUGGCAGAAGAAGCACACCUGCUUCAGCAGCAGCCUAUGGCAGAAGAAACACACCUGCUUCGGCAGCAGCCUGACAAUGGCUAUGGAGGCAGCGAUUGGUCAGCGGAAGGAAGAGGAAGAGGAGGAGAUGGAGGGGGUGAUCGUGUCCGUUCUGUUAUCGGGGAAAACUUUUUUCCAAGGCUGGAGGGAGAUUUCUUCACGUACGCGGAUAGAGAGUCCGAUUACUGGAGCGGAUACUUCGUGUCACGCCCAUUCUACAAGAUGAUGGCCCGGACCGUGGAAGAAACCCUGCGUUCUGCAGAGAUACUCUACAGCCUUGUCUUGGCCGACGCGUCUGCAAGCAACAUGCCAGAGCUUUCUGGUUUUCCAUUUACCCAUUACAGUGGCCUUGUUAGCGCCCGGCGAUCAGCAGCACUCUUUCAGCACCAUGAUGCAAUCACCGGAACAGGGCGCCGAGCAGUCGUGUUGAAUUACGGAAUGAAACUUCAUGUGGCUCUCACGUCGCUCAAGCAGUUCAUGGAAAAGGCUGUGCAGUUUCUGCUUGCCAAGGCCACUUCAAAGGGUCUUCCAGAGCGAAAAGAGAGGGACUCUCAAAGGUUGAGUGGAGAAGAAGGCCAAGAAGGAACAGAUGAAGGACAGGGUGCUGAAGUUGGGAGGGUUCCCACUUGGGAGACGGAGCAGCAUAAUGUGUUGAAAGCAGAACUGAAUCAGCAAAGCGCGACUAGCUUGCUCUCCAAAGAGGUUAUAUCGGUCAAACCUGGGACAACUCGCAGGGUGGUGAUCUUCAAUCCCCUCGCCCGGAGUUCAAGAAGAGUAGUUACGGUGCUUGUGAACAAUCUUCACGUUUGUGUGCUUGAUGCAACGUCGAGACCCGUACAGUCGCAAGCAAUGCCUGAGUGGAAACUGGGUACCCACACAGGAGGGAAGACUACGGGCAAUCAUAGGAUCAGCUGGUUGGCUGAAGUGCAACCAUUGGGAAUGCAGACAUUUUUCGUCCAAGCAUGGGUCACCGAUGCUUGCUCGAUGCCUCGUUUGGCCACAUUGGUCACCAUCCACCCUCCUGAUGAUUUUUCGUGCCCUGCACCGUAUAUGUGCCAGCGCUUUGAGAAUGACGACCGAAAGGUGAACGGGGAUAGUGUGAUGAUAUCCAACCAAGACCUCCAGCUCUUUAUCUCGACAAAAACCGGGCUGAUUGUCUCUAUCCGCUCAGCCACAGAAGGGAAAGAUACAUACAUUGGAGAAGACAUCGCUUCUUUCCACGACUUCACAGGAGGAGCAUACUUGCUUACGUCUGACACCCAACUCAAGUCCAUCAUGGCACGAGGGGGAGCCACGUUCGUUCUUAGAGGAUCCCUAACAGAAGAAGCAUUCACUGAGCCAUCCACGACCACUCCAGGUCGGCCCCUCGUCCGAACGGUCCGACUGUACAACUCGGCCUGCGACCCCGUGCAGGCUGCAGGUACAGAGGUGGAAUACUACGUUGACCUGGUUCAUAAGGACGAGAGAGUUCGAUAUGCACAGCUGUUCCUGGAGCGAAAGAACCCAUGGUCCAAUACCGAUGUGGUCGUUCGAUAUCAAACAGGAAUAAGAAACAGAGGGAGGUUUUUCAGCGAUGCGAACGGGUUGCAGUCCAUGCAGAGGAAGACUAUGGAUAAAAUUCCAAUGCAAGGGAACUUCUAUCCUAUUUCCACCUACGCAUACUUGGAAGAUAAUGAGGGUACCCGCUUUACCGUCCAUACGCGCCAAGGCUUAGGCGUGGCAAGCCUCUUUGACGGAUGCCUGGACAUCAUUGUUGACCGACGGCUUGAAGCCGACGAUAACAGGGGUCUCGGUGAAGGAGUUCUAGACAACCAGCCUCUCUUGAUCACCUUUCAGCUUUUGGUUGAGAGAAGAGGAGCAAAUAUGGAACGAGAUCACCAUUACGCUGGUCAUGAAAUAGAUGCGGAGCAUGCAAGCUCGGGAGCAUUGAUGUCGGGACAGCCAUCACUCUUGUCGUACCUUCUAUCACAGCAUCUCAACCAUCCGUUCCAUACGUUUAUAGGGACAGCGCAUCCUAGCAGCAGUGGUACUGUUCAAACCAAUUCAAUGAGCGAACGACUACCUGACCCACCUCCUGAGACAGGCUACCAGACCACGUACUCACCGGUCGUCGAUGAUCUUCCCCUAGACUAUCAUGUGGUGACUCUGAAGACAUACAGCAAUUAUGAUGACAACAACAACAAGGAUGCGAUGAAGUUAAAACCGAACCCAAACGUCCCCCUCCAGAAGAAGACGAGGGAAAAGGGAAAGCAGUCUAGAACUGGGCUGAUAUUGCGCAGGUAUGGCUGCGAUCCCCGCUAUCCAUUGGCUCCAAGGCCAACUCCAACGACCGACCCGACGCGCAAGACGGACAAAUCAGACGCAGAGUCUGACCCUCUUGACUUGAAGACAAGCCUUCACACUACUUUCUCCGUGGGAGAAAACUCAGUUGUGAGACUUGCGGAUUUGUUCAGAGAACACUCCGUCACCAGAAUACGCCGAACUCUGUUGUCAUUUCUAGAGAAACCCUCAUACUUCUCUUCCUUGUCACAUUCUGCAAAUCCAAAUGCAACGUUUUCCCAAGACAACAAGUACACGCUGAGAACUCUCGCGACCUUUCACCGCCACCAACACCACCAUCGGCAUCAUGAGGAUGCCUCCUCCGAUCACAAUGUUGUGGACUC